GUAACUGGAACGCACACUGAUUGUCAAACAAUAAAAACAUUGACCAGUUUUAUUUUGUUAAUUAUUUACUUUAUUACAACACUCUCGUUUUAAAUAAAUACUGUUUUUUAACUAUUAGGUCUUCUUUCAUUAUGUGUUGUUGACGAAGGGAGCAUUUGAUUAGCGUAUUUACAAAUUUCGAUAAGUAUUUUUGAUCGAAUUAAAAUGUUUAACCCUGAUAUCAAUGACUAUCAACUUACUUCGAUAAUAACAGAGUGCUGUGGAGGCGUAGCCGUUGUUUAUUCAGCGCUUUAUAAACCUAAUAAUCAAAAUGUCGCCAUCAAGAGGUAUUUUGUUGACAAAACUAAAGAAAACGCCAGCUUGAUACAGCAAGAUAUUCUCACAAGGAAGGAACUACAACAUGCAAACAUACUACCAUACCUGACAUCUUUCGUACAUGGUAAGGAGUUGUACGUAGUGUCUCCACUCAUGACGUUUGGCUCUUGUCGUGAUAUCCUGGACCGGUACUUCCAAGAAGGUCUGCCGGAGCUGGCCUGCGCUCUUGUGCUGAGAGACGUUCUCCAGGCUUUGCAGUAUUUACACAAGCAAUUGUAUAUUCAUAGGAGCGUUCGUGCCAGUCACGUGCUAGUAGGUGCUAACGGCGGUGUCCGGCUGUCAGGGCUGCGCAGUGCGGCCUCCAUGAUGGUCCGCGGCCGCAGACAGAGACACCUGCACCAGCUGCCUCCACCCGACGCUGACAAUACCAACCUCAUGUGGCUUAGCCCUGAACUGCUGGAACAGAAUCUAAAGGGCUACGAUGAAAAAUCGGACAUAUAUUCGCUGGGCGUGCUAUGUUGCGAGCUGGCCAACGGGGCAGUGCCCUUCGCUGAGGUUCCUACAACUCUGAUGUUCACGGAGAAGGUGCGCGGGAGUCGGCCGCAACUAUUGGACUGCUCUACUUUCCCGGAGCCCUGUCUUGAUGACUCAGAGAUGAAAAGUAUGUACAACACAGACAGUGGAGUGGGCGACAGUGCGGACGGCGUGAUGCGCCUGCGCCAGUUGUACGCGGCCCGGAAACUAUCCGACACCUUCCAUCAUCUCAGCGAGAUGGCGCUGCAGAGGGACCCGGACAAGCGCCCCUCAGCGACCCAGCUCCUGAACCACCCGUUCUUCAAGCAGAUCAGGAAGACAGACUACCUGCCCGGACUCAUCGGACGAGUCAAACCUAUCAAACCUGAUCUCAAUGAUAUGUCAGCUCUCCUGCUCCAAGAGAAGUUAUCAGAGAUGGAUAUUGAGAAGACAACGGAGUGGGACUUCUAGCGUCCCCCCACCACACUCGAACUACGCCUUCUGCGCACGCGCAGGUGACAUACACAUACUCCGUAACUACAUUGUUAUUGGAAAUAUCAACCUUGUUGCUUAUGAGAUAAACAUCAUUUUUUAAGAUCAUAUUAUAAGAUCUGUGUAUAUUAUCAAGAAAAUAUGGUUAUGUCGUGCCCUUAAAGUGUUACAACACUAGUAUACUUGUCUCUAUCUUGCAGAUAUAGAAUAAUAUAGCAUGAAAGAGAUAACGAUACUGAUAGGUAUGUAAUUGAUUGAAAAUAACGGUUUACUCACGUGUAACAACUGAGAAAGUAAAUAUUUGUUUUCUUAUAUGGCUUGAUAGCAGAACUUUUCUAUAGAUUUUUAACUUUAUAUGUUUGUAAUAAAGUGUACAAUCACUUGAAGUCAUCCUUAAGAGAUUGUUGUAUGUGUAAAUGUAUCCUUAUAACAUAAGCAUUAAGGUUGAUAUUGCAAACACAACUACCGAAUGCAGGUUGUACUAGCGUAUCUUAAGACGUCUUCCCGAAUACUAAAGAAAUUCUAACAUAAAUAGUUUUAAUAUAAAAAAUAAAUAUUUACAGAUACUUUAUGAUACAUACUGCCAUCGCAAGUCGCAAUAAUUGUUAUUGUAAUCGUAAUUAAUAAAUAUAUAAUAUGUAUUUUUAAUAUAUUGUAGAUAUAGUAGCAUAUAUUUAUACUAUAUAGUAUAACGUCCGCUUAUUGCAAGAAGUCAUUAUGUGAUAUAUCCACUAUUCUGACAUAAACAGUGUUUUAGUUUAAAUUUACUGCACGGUUGGCGCGGUGGCUGGGCAACCGGUUGCCGUGCGACCUGUAGCGGGUUCGAUUCCCGCACGGAGCAACUCUUUGUGUAAUCCACAAAUUGUUGUUUCGGGUCUGGGUGUCAUGUGCAUGUGAACUUGUAUGUUUGUAAACGCACCCACGAUACAGGAGAAAAUACUAGUGUGGGGCAAAGUAAAAAAAAAAUGGUAUUUGUUGGUUGUAGAUUUGCCCAUAUUAUCCUAAAUAUAACUACGUUGAUGAAAUUUGUUUCUGCAUUUUGUAGAAUGUGUCAAAAUAAGUACACUAUAGAUAAAAACAUGUUAAGUAAUGUUUUGCAGUUAAUGAUUUCUUACAAUAAGCCGGCGAUAAAUAGACGUACAAAUUAUAUUAUUGUUAUUAUAUGUAGUAGAAUUGACGCUAGGGUUUAUUGUUUAUAUAACUUAUAUUAAUACAUAGAUCUGAGUAGAGUAUUUGGGUAGUAUUAUACAUUAACUUAUACCGUUGUCCCAGAAAACUAAGCAGAACCUACAUAAAGCCUCUUAUAAACCUUUUAUACCUCUUUGGGCUUGAUUUUUUACAUAAUGGCAAAGGGAAUAAGAACUUCCAUAUUGUUUAAAAUUUAAGAAUACUUCCUAUUAUGCUAUUGUUUUGCAUUUUUCUUCCAACUCUAGUAAUUCUAAGCCAGAUAAACAGCAUCAUGAUUCGUCUACAAAAAAAAAAUAGUUUUCUGUUUAUAAAAAAGUUGGGAAGAAGGUAUUUAUUUAACUUCUUUAAAAACUUUUAAAGCCUUUCUCGCGCUGUUACUCUACGAGCUCCCGUCAAAUUAUAAAACAUUUCUCUUAUGGAUUGAUGGAUUUUAGCUUUGGGGUAACAGUUUAUUUCAAUGUCUCACUUUGUAGUAUAAAAUGUACUUGUAAGAACAUAUUUGUGUAAAAGAAAGUAAUGCAAGCUGGACUUGCACUGAAUUCCUUAUCAGUGAUUAUUUAUUUGUACUGUUUCUUCAAAGCUGAAAUCCUGUUCCAACUGUGUUGCUGUUUUGUUAAUAAUUGGCUUCAAAAUAAUCAAACUGUCUCUGUAUAAUUGGCAUAAAACAGUGUUAACAUAAUACAUAAAUAAAUUGUAUGGUUGGUUCUCUAGUCUGUCAGUAUAUGAGACAAUAGAAAACACAUUGUUCCGACAAACCACCCAUUAAAAAUACAUCUAAAACAAAACUAGUAACUAUAAUAAAAAAAUAAUCGCUAAUAGUGUAAUAGCUGCUAAGCGCAAUUCUCAGGAACGGCUGAACCAAUUUCGCUAAUACUUUUGUUUUGUUUGUUAUUGUCUGAACGUCCCAAUGUAAGAAAAAAAUAACAAAUAUUCGCAUACAAAAGGCGAAACAAAGUUCGCGGGGUCCGCUAGUUCCAUAUAGAAGUAAAUAUAACGUAUAAAUAAAUAAUUACUGUUGUCAAUAAACCUAGAUGUACUGUGUCGUGCACGGAGGCGUACGAAGGGGGAGUGACAUGAAUUUAUACAUUAAUUAUAUUAUAAUAUAAUAUUAGUUGAAUUAGACCAGAUGUUGCCACUGUGAUCAUUAAAGAACAAUUUAUUGUUA